AACCUAAACGCCAGUCGAUACAGCAAGUUGUCUCAUUUAAUGCCGGUCUAAAUGAAUUAGCUGGAAUCAAAAUAUCUAACUAAUUUUAGUUUAUUAUUAUUUAAAUGUCAUUCUGACAAAAAGUAUGCUAAAUCAGUAGUUGCUGAAAUAAAACAGUAUCUAAAAUCUCAAUGGAAGGAGCAGCCAUACUUCUGUUUUCCUUGCUUUUUCUUCACAAAAGCUAUGCUGCGGAACUCAACAUAAUCUCGGAUUCAAGGUUUCUAACAGAUGUAGACACUUUGGUCUCGCCUACUGGAGUUUUCGUACUUGGAUUCUUUAACCCAGGUAGUUCUGAGAACAGAUAUCUCGGUAUCUGGUAUAAGAACAUCCCUGUCACAACGGUGGUUUGGGUUGCAAACAGAGACCGCCCGCUCCUGGGUGCAUCGCAGCUUGAGUUAAAGAUCACUGAUCGAGGAAUUCUCGGCCUCUUCAACAAUAGCCGCAUGAUCUGGUCAUCUAACACAACGGCAUCAGGGAACGCAACUGCAAAGCUUUGGGACAACGGAAAUCUAGUUGUGGUUGAUCAACAGGAGAGGAUUGUCUGGCAGAGUUUUGAUUACCCAACCGAUACUCUUCUACCUGGCAUGAAGUUAGGGAGAGACUAUGUAAGGGGAAAGGAAUGGUAUCUAACACCAUGGAAGAAUAGUCAAGAUCCAGCUCCAGGUGAAUUGACGUGGGGCGCUGACAGACUCGGGUAUCCUGAAAACAAACUAAGACAGGGGGCAUCGAUUAAAUUUCGUGGUGGACCAUGGAGUAAUGAACGGUUUCCUGGGGUUUCUGUAUUUAGCAAGAGCUUAACCUUUAGAUACGAUGUAACUGUUAACAAAAGUGAGGUGUCUUUUUCUUAUAAUCUUGAAGACAAUUCUAUCUUAUCAAGGGUUGUCUUGAAUUCAUCUGCGCAUCUAGAAAGUUGGGCAUGGGUAGACAAUGUUAGAGGGUGGCUGCCCGUCGUGUCGUUCCCGAGAAGUGCAUGUGAUACAUACAACAUUUGUAAUGCUUAUGGAACCUGCGACAUCAACAUGAUUCAACAGUCGUGUUCUUGCAUAGACAACAAAAGGUUCAAGCCUAAAGAUCAAAAGGGUUGGGACACAGCUGAUUGGUCUGGUGGUUGUAUUAGGAAUACACCAUUGGAGUGCAAAAAUGGAUCAGAAGGAUUUAUUAAGUACUCUAAUGUAAAAUUGCCAGACGCAGAAAAUACUUGGUUUAACAUGAACAUGACUCUUGAAGAAUGUGGCACAAAGUGCUUAACAAAUUGUACUUGUAUGGCUUAUGCAAAUCCAGAAAAAAAUCGAAGCGUCUGCUUGCAUUGGUUCAAUGACCUUCUAGACAUCCAAGUGUUACCGGAAGGCAGUGGUGGUCCGGAUAUUUUUGUAAGGAUGGCUUCAUCUGAAUUAGAUUCUCAAUACGUUUCCAAAAAGCAGGGAGGAGAAAAGCUUAAAAUCAUCUUACUUGUAAUCAUCCCGGUGGUUCUCAUAGGCUUGAUCAUCGCUACAUGGUUGUGUUAUGCACGGAGAAAAAGGAAAUUAACAGGGGAAGGGGAAAUCUUGAAUCCCUCUAAAAGACACGAAGAAGACAUGGAGCUACCAUUAUUUAGCUUCUCUAUGAUUGCAAAUGCCACUACCAAUUUUUCACCUAACAAUAAACUUGGAGAGGGUGGUUUUGGACCGGUUUAUAAGGGUAUGCUAGAAGAAGGGAAAGAGAUCGCUGUUAAACGUCUGUCCAAGAAUUCAAGUCAAGGACUUGAUGAAUUCAAGAAUGAAGUCAUUUGCAUUUCAAAACUUCAGCACCGAAAUCUUGUGAAGCUUCUUGGUUGUUGCAUACAAGGAGAUGAGAAGCUAUUGAUCUAUGAGUACAUGCCAAAUAAAAGCUUAGACUCCUUUAUUUUUGACAAAACUCAAAGCAUGCUUCUUGAUUGGACAAAGCGUUUCAACAUAAUCAAAGGAAUUGCUCGAGGACUUCUUUACCUGCACCAAGAUUCACGAUUAAGAAUCAUCCAUAGAGAUCUUAAGGCUAGCAACGUCUUACUAGAUCAGGAUAUGAACCCAAAGAUAUCAGACUUUGGCUUAGCUAGAAGUUUUGGAGGAAACGAGACCCAAGCAAACACAGAAAGGGUUGUUGGCACAUAUGGUUACAUGUCCCCCGAAUAUGCACUAGAUGGUAUUUUCUCCAUAAAGUCAGAUGCGUUUAGCUUUGGCGUUUUGGUGCUGGAAAUUGUGAGUGGGAAGAGAAAUAGAGGAUUUAUCCAACCUGAAAAUGAAAAUAAUCUCAUUGGACAUGUAUGGAGGCUCUAUAGUGAAGGCAGAUCACUGGAAUUAAUUGAUGCGAGUUGCGCAGAAUCAUGCCAUCCUCCUGAAGUUUUAAGAUCAAUCCAUGUUGGGUUGUUAUGUGUUCAACAAAAUGCGGCAGACAGGCCAAACAUGUCAUCUGUAAUUAUGAUGCUGAGCAGUGAAGGUGAACUGCCACAACCUAAGCAACCAUCAUUUCUCACAGAAAAGGAGCUACCUGUAAUAAACUACUCUUCAAGUAGUUACACAGCAGGUUCAACGAUCGAUUUCACUAUUACGGAGGUAGGUGCUCGGUAGAAACCUUUAUUUUCAUUGGACCACAUGAUAUCGUUGUUUCAUAGGUAUUAUUCCACCUGGCUGUCAUAGUUGGGAUGACCUUUGUCAUACGGCAUGAAUAUGUAUGGUUGCAGGCUGCCGUUACAUAGGUUUGUUUUUAUUUUAAUGUUUAUAUAUCAUGUAAAGUUAAAUAUUUGUAGAUCUGGGUUUCCUGGUCAAGUUUAUACCAAAUGAAUUGGGUGUGAGUGGAAUUAAAAAUGUAGCAUGAAUUAAAAUAAAACACUAGUCAAUAUGAAAUCGGGUGUGAGUAAA